AUGCGUAUGCCGCCGUUACAUAAGCCGUGCGGCCGUAACAGGGCCGUUCGAUGGGGCCUCUGUCCGUUCCCAAUCCGAUGCCGACAUUUUCGUCGUCCGGGAAUUCCUACGACGCCGCUCCAUCAUAAAGAUAGGCAUUUUGCGUGUAGCACAUUAGGAGGGAAUUUCUUCCAAGUCUAGGGGAACUUUUUAUUUUAACCAAAAUCAUUGCCACAAUCAUUUUUGAUGUACUUCACCAACGCGAAAUCCACGCAAAACAAAACAAACCACCGUUUCCAAUGCAGUGAUGUAACAUUAACAUAUUAAUAUUGUAUAUUUGCAAGAUCAGAAGAAACAUGUCUUUCUCAACCAUUCACAACACUCAGACAUCAAUACAAAACAUAAUGAUGAUUCUUCUGUAUGAACAUUUCCCAAGAGGAGUCGAGCAGUCCCAUCUGCUUGAUAUGCAAUGGGAAACUGACGAACAGAAGUGCACUCAGGAUCUUCGAAGGAGAUACACAAACUUGUUCAUCCAGACCACUCAGUUUUAUUAUUGCUCAAGUCUUGGGUCAAGAUAUAAGUGAAGACACUGUUCAUUCUCCAUUGAUAUGCAGGAAGUGCUUCAGAUCCUUUGAUGAGAUAGAUGAGAUGGAGAGUCGAUUGAUUGAGGUGAAACUUGAUUUGGUGAACAGCUACAAGAAGUCUGUGGCCAAACACAAGCUUGGUGAAAAUGUUGUGUGCAUAAUUGAGGAUGCCAACCAGAAGAUGGAAGAUGAGGAUGUGGAGAAGGUUGAAGAGGAGGUGUUAGAGGAGGAGCAGGAGGUUGAAGAGAUCCGAAUGCCAAAGACCAUUUUGAAUAUACCAUCUUCAGAUGAUGAGACAGAGCAGGAAGGAGACGAAGUACAGACGGUUGUUAUGAAGAAACCCACGUUGCACACCAUGGAAGAAAUUGAAAUGGAAUUGGUGAAGAUGCACGGAGGAAUAGAGAAGCAGGAGGAAGAGACGAUGGGAGAGGAGAUGGAGGAAGGAGAACAGGAGCUCUAUCAUUUCAAGAAUGACGACGAAGAAGUGGAGAUCCAUGGACACAUUGGUAUAGACCACGACGGCGAACAAUCGCAAGACAACACAGAAGCUUUGCUGGAAGCCGCCGCUAUAGCUGAAAAGCAGCUCGGUAAAGAGAUCAAAAUAGAAGCGAACAUCGACGAUGAUCGACCUAACAUAUUGAAGAGAAAGAACAUCAAUAUUUUGGUAAACAACAAGAAGGAACCUCCGUUGAAGAAGAUCAAGGAGGAGGUCAUUCAGGAAGACAUGGUGUCCAGGGAAGGCGAUUUGUAUACGUGUUUGCUAUGCGAGGGCGAUGAAACUGUCUGCGGCGAAUCUAAAGCCAUUACUCAACACAUUAAAGUCGCUCACGAUGCUCGCAUUUAUAUUUGCGAUGUGUGCGGUGAUGACUUCAAGAAACGGACCGAUUUAUCUCUUCAUCUUGACGAGCAUGUGGCCACCGAGGAGGGAGACUUCCAAUGCGAAGUCUGCAAUCGCAUAUUCAGUAAUCUGCGAUUAUUCCGCAUCCACAAACGAAUGCACUACCCGCAAAAUAAGGCCUGGGCAUGCGACAGAUGCGGCAAAAAAUAUAGUUCUAAAAAUUUGCUGGAAGAACAUAUGAACACCCACACAGGUCUAAGACCUUAUAUUUGCCAAUUAUGCGGCAAGGACUUUGCUUCGAAGUAUACGUUCAAAGCACACGAAAAAACACAUGAAGUUAGACCAAGACCAUUCCAGUGCCAACAGUGUCACAAGUCUUUCUUGAGUCAGCAGAAUUUAACGCAGCACGAGCGUACCCAUACCGGAAUUAAAGAAUUUUCGUGUCACCUUUGUGAUAAACAAUUUGGUUCAGCACAUAAUUUAGAGGUACAUUCGAUAGUUCAUACUGGGUACAAGCCAUUCAUUUGCGGAUUAUGCGGAAAGGCGUUCGCGCGUAAAGCCGAGAUCCGUGAUCACGAGAGAACACACACUGGCGAGAGGCCGUACCAGUGCGAAUUCUGCGGUGCCACGUUCAGCCAACGUUCAAAUCUUCAAUCACACAAGAGGGCAACGCAUUACGACGACAAACGUUACAAGUGUGAUAUCUGCGGUAAAGGCUUUAAGAGGAGGCGGUUACUCGACUACCACACUAAAGCCGCUCACACAGGAGAGAGACCAUUUAAAUGCAACGUUUGCGAUGCUACUUUCGUUUAUCCGGAACAUUUCAAGAAGCAUCGCAGGAUCCACACAGGAGACAAGCCGUUCUUAUGCGAAGUCUGCGGCAAAGCUUUCAACAGCAGGGAUAACAGGAAUGCUCACAGGUUUGUUCAUUCCGAUAAGAAACCAUACGAAUGUUUGGUUUGCGGAGCUGGAUUCAUGAGGAAACCGUUGCUGUAUCAGCAUAUGCAAUCGCAAGGCCAUUUGAACGAUACCAUCGUGGUCAAUCAACCACGUCUAACUACAGAUGAUGAUCAGAUUAUCACGGUUAAUGCUAACGGAGAGAUGGAGAUCGUUGAAGGCGAUGUCAGCAGGUUGGAGACAAUCGAAGAAGAAAGCAAUCAGCAGGAGGAUAGUAAGCUUUAUAUUUCGGAACACGCCAUGUUAGUGGAUGGUGCUAAAGUCUUGGAAUCAUCUGAAGGCACUUUGAUAUUGGGAGAUAACGGAGACGAAGCCGAACACAUUAUCAUUGAUAGUCAACAAAUUCAAUUUGCUGAAGCCGACGAGGCAGACAUGGAGGGCGAAGAAGGUGAACACAUAUUGGCUACCACCGAAGAUUACGAAGGUCUCCUAACUGAAGAAGCUAUUGCGAAUGGGCAGACGCAAAUCAUACAUACUAAAGACGGUCCUAUUCAGUUGGUGGCGGUGAGGAUUCCUAACGAGAAGGGCGAGGAGGAAGAGGCUUGGAUUAAAAUAUUACCAAACGAAGCCGUCGACGAGUGAUUUUGAUGCAACUUUGCGUGAAUUCGUGUACCGGAAAACGAGAGAAAUGACAAAAGGCAUUUAUUUUCAAAUUGUUGUUUUGUCAGCGUAAACUAGUUGAAUUUCAUUGAUACGUUUUGUUAAUUUCAUAUCGAUUAACUUAGUUUAAGAUUUUUUUUUC